AUGCUGAAGCCACGGUUAUCUCCUUCGUUCAUCCGCAGCUAUGCAACUCGCAUUGCAGAAAAGCCACCUGCACGUUUUCCAGAUCCAUUGCUGAACCAUUCAAAUGCUGCUGUCAAAACACUCAAGGACGAGAACUUGACUUUCAUUCAUCGACCUCCCCCAACAGCACCCUCACCUCAUUCAACAACUUUAGCUCCUGCUUCUCCAUUACUAAAACCUCCAACACCAUCUAAUAAACAUGCACCAAUGCCACCUUUAUUACGGCCUUCGGCUUAUAAUGCUGCACCGUCACAAAUGUCUGAUAAAGACAUCGAGCAGCUACGGAAACUGAGGCUGUCUAAUCCAGAGAAAUACAGCCGUACUAAACUUGCCAAAAUGUUCAAAUGCACGCCGAACUUUGUGUCCAAAGUUGCUGCGCUUCCGAGGCCCCAACGGAAGGAGUUCGCAAGGAAGAUGGAGGCGGAGCAUGAGACUGUGAGGGAGCAGUGGGGGGAGAAGAAGGCGACCUUCGUUGCUAUUAAGCAGAAACGCCGUGAAUUCUGGUGA